AUGUCAAAGCAGAGUCCGCGGAUUUCUAGUUCCGGGGCUGAAUCUGUGAACAAGUGGAAGAUUCCUCAUUACUACAGGCGGUCUUCUGCAGCGUCUUCGCUGCAAUCAAAUGGAUCCGAUAGUGCUAAUGGCAGCACGCCGAGUACCCCCGGGGUCAAUAUUAUGAGCAGUCCCAAGAAGGUGCUGAUGGAGGAUCCCAAGAAGGGCACAAAACGGCCCGUUUAUCGGUCCAGGAAAAGCAAGAAGAAAAAUGGCGAGAUGGUGUUUGUUAACUACACGGUUCAGGAUUCAGCAUCUGAAGACAGCGUAACGUCCGUUCACACGCCAGAGCUUCCUACUGCGGGAGCGUCGCCCGUUUUGAAUUCGAAGAAAAAAUCUUCCAGGAGCAGAAUGCUGAAGAUCUUUGGCUCGUCGAAGGCUCCCCCAGCGGUUAUUGGUGGCUCCAACUUAGUCUCAUGUGCAGAAAAUGAAGUUAUGUCUGAUCCUUACGCUGUCAGCACGACCAGCGCCCCGGCUAAGAGAUCUUAUGGCUCUUUUUUGAAAUAUGGCAAGUUUCAUGGUUCGUCCGCGCAUAACAGAGGAAAUGAGCCAGUCCCAGGCUUGCUCUCAGAAGAAGUCGUUCCAAAGUCGGUCUACAGUCCAAACUUAGUCAAGCCCGCUCCGAUUGGUCGUUUUGUGGGUGAUUCGCCUCGUAAAGUUGGCUACUUAGGUGGUGGUAACCCGAAUGUAGAAUCUGUUGAAUCGCCUAUGGAAUAUCGCUAUCUGGGCACAAACCAUGCUUCUAGUGCUGCCGAACUGGGAGCUUACCCAUACAGUAAGGCAUCUUUUUCAGAAUCAGUAAUCGGUGCUAAGAAGCACGCUGAUGAAAAUGAUGCGUCCAUAGCAUUUAGCAAAAUGUUCAGUAGGAAAAGAGCGAAUACGGGCGGGUCCGAGUCUUCGUUAUUAUCUCUGAGUCAUAAUGCUCAAGAACAACUACAAUCAACUAUGGUUCCAGCUCUUCGGAAGAACAUGUCAGCGUCUUCCAUAUCGUCGAUUUCCUACCGGUCUCCAAUAAGGACGGCCUCACCAGCAAGGCCGCGCUCAGGCACUCGCGGAUCAUACACUCAUGCUGUUAGUUCCCAUAGUCGGGCAGAUUCACAGGAUGCCGGUAGCUUCAUAGGAGCGGAAUCGUUUCUAGACUCCCAGAUGGCAAAUAGGAGUGGGAGCGCAGCCAAACAUAGAAGGAAGCAGGAAUCGAUCUCAGAGUCACAUCGGUUGUACAACUCAUCGGCAACGAAUUCGACAGUUGUGAACAGCAGUGGAAAUCAAAGCGUAGUUACGCCUUCUUCGUCAUCGCUGGUGACACCGCCACCUUUUACUUCAGGUUACUCAGUCCCGUCCAACACCUCUGCUUCUUCAACUCCAAGCGCGAUGGAUCUCACGCUUGCCAGUCAGACAGGUAGCUUCGGCAACCUCGUGAACAGCAUCAGCAGUAUAAACCCUGCAGGGAAUCAUAGCACCCUCAACGUAUCACAGCCUGUACUAGAUCGGGACAGUUCAUCAGAACUCCUCUUCGAAGAAUCAGAUAUUCCAACCCCUGUAGACAACUUACCAGCGCUGAGAAGUAUGACAAAAGCAUUGGAGACAAAGGUUGAAGAUAGCAUAGGACAAAUAGUUCCGUCGCAAGGGGCGCACAGGGGAUUCAACACCAAUGAUCGGGAGACUAAACGUAGCCAUCAAAAUAUCGAUGUCCUUGAUGCAUUUUUGCCUCACGAAGGCAGCACUAGUAGUAGCCAAGGAGGUUCGAUCCUAACGAAAUCCACCUCAUCUGUCAGUGAUAAUAUAGUAAUAGGUCAUUGGCAGGAUCAAGGCUGUUACUCACUGAUCGAUGCAGGACCAGGUGGAGCGGGGAUUCGUGAAAAGACUAUUCCCGCUUCAGCUUUUAACUUGUCUGGCGGUACAACUGCGGUUGAAAGCCUGGAAUAUGAAGCCUUUGAAAGUCAAAUAUUCCUAGGACAUAAUUACCAGCAAGACGAACAAUCGCACCAAGUGGACAUGGAAUUCGAUUUUGUCAAUUCAGGCAAUUUUCUCAACAAACAAAAGGAAAUAUCUCCUGGAGGUUCGAACAGUAGUGGUCAAGUUGAAGCGGUAGAAGGUACUUCAGCAAAUGGACAGAAUUCAGCGGUCACGUCCAUUGCGAACUUUUCCCCAGGAACAAAUGCCACAGUCUCGGUAGAAGAAGUCGGAAAUUCAGGCGUUUACCAUCGCAACUUCGAUCGAUUGGGUGCUCAUGCCAACUCUCUCUCUCACGCAGGUCCAAAAGCUGGACAACCGCUUCCUCUAUAUUCCAUGGGUCAGUGGAAAGCUAUCAACAGUGAUCUUGAGGCCAUUACUGACUCACUUGGGAUCGGCGGUGAGAUGAAUGAUACUCCCUACAUGUAUCAGCCAAACAGAGGUUGA